UUCUCUAGCCGCUGGCAGGGGGAGGCGGAAGUGAGGGUGUGGUGAAGGCCCCCUGCUUGCGUCCGCAGCAGGUGUUGGACUUGUUGCUGUAGCGCUCGCCCGCCAGCUAUCCGCUCCCCCUUCCCUCCGCCCUCGUUGGUUUCGUCCCGUGCGGGCAAUAGCGACGGCGGGCGCACGGAGAGAAGAUGGCGGCUACGGCCCCUGCAGUGCUGCCGGCUCUGUGACCGCCGUGCUCUCUUCUUUCUGCUUUCUCCUCCUCGCCCCUGCACCCCAUCCUUCCCGGUUGCCCUUCGCCUCGUCUUCCCUGCAGGGCGCGCAGGGACCAUGUCGGACUCGGAGGAGGAGGAGAGUCCGGACCGCCAGCUCAAGCUAGUGUUGCUGGGGGACGGCACCACUGGCAAGACAUCCUUAGCCACACGUUUUGCCCAAGAAACAUUUGGAAAACAGUACAAGCAAACCAUAGGACUGGACUUCUUCCUGAAAAGCAUAAUGCUGCCAGGAAAUGCAAAUGUUACUCUUCAAGUGUGGGAUGUAGGGGGGCAAACAAUCGGAGGCAAAAUGCUGGAUAAAUAUAUUUAUGGAGCUCAGGGUAUUCUCUUGGUUUAUGAUAUUACCAACAGCCAGAGUUUUGAAAAUUUAGAAGACUGGCAUAAUAUGGUAAAAAAAGUGAAUGAAGCAUCAGAAACACAGCCACUUGUGGCCUUGGUUGGAAAUAAAAUUGACUUGGAACAUAUGCGCACGGUGAAAGUUGACAAGCACCAGCGAUUGUGUCAGGAAAACAAUUUCAGUAGCCAUUUCGUGUCGGCCAAGACAGGAGAUUCUGUCUUCCUGUGUUUUCAGAGAAUUGCUGCUGACAUACUUGGCAUCAAAUUAAACAAAGCAGAACUGGAACAAUCACAGAGAGUGGUGAAGGCAGAUAUUGUCAACUACAGUCAGGAGCCUGUGGCAAGAACCGUUAAUCCUCCUAGAAGCUCCAUGUGUGCAGUUCAAUGACUGUGCUGUUCUGUUUUGAUACCUCCAGCAGUCUCCUACCUUGACACGGGCUCUGGGAUUCCCAGGAACUUAGUUUUUACUGGUGACCAUCACAACAGCGCAAUUAGAGGUUUCAGAAGCGUGUUGCACCAUUGUACAUUGAGAAGCACCAAGGCAGUUUUUUGACUGGCUGAAGUUCAAACAUGAGGCCACACACUUUGAAAAAUUAAGAUCUAUGUUCUUUUAAAUUAUAUUUAAAUAAAGCAGUGUAACUGUGUGUAUAUGUUUCCUUCUAUCUGACUGGUUACUGGAAUUAAAAAUGGUUGAAGAAGUCCUGCAUUCAGAAUGCUUUUGAAGACAUCACAAUGGAGGGAUGUUUUGCCAAAGCACAUAAAAAAAAAACCCAACCUUUUUUCCUCCCCUCCUGUGAUCUGAACUGACACUCAGCAAAACAUAAGCUGGACAAGCUAUUGGUGGAAUAAUUUGAAGCACAUAACCUCUUUUAUCCGAGUAUAAUUUGGAAAGUAUUCUAUUAACACAUAUAUAUACACAUAAUGCGAUAAUGUUUAAAUUGUACCCAGUAACACUGCUUGAAAUAAAGUGUAAUAUAAAACUAGUUGCUUUUCAGAAGUCUCAGGUUGUCUCCAUGGAUGUUCUGAAAGAUGGUAGUGUUUUUGUGUAUUUUUAUUACCACUUCAGCAUUAUUUUUGCAGUAGUAAUGUGCUCAUGUCUUCAUGAAUAUAGAUGAACUUCAGUCAACAGUUUGGGUUGUAAAUGUUGAGUGAUAUAUUCAACAUGCAUUAGAAAAACUCUUGAUGGAUUAACUGGGAUCAGUCAUUUUUAAUAACUGAAUGAUUUUUGGCCUGGUACUCUUCUUUCUAGUUCAGACUAAAUGACAAAUAAAAAGCUGUCUGCUCUGUGA